AUGUCAACAGAUAACACAGAAUUGCUAUCAAAAUUUCUUAAUGAAUUUAACCAAAUGAAGAAAUAGAAUCAAGAAUACCAAAUGAAAGAAAACACAACAUUCCAAACAUUGACAAAUGAAAAUUCAUUAUUGACACAAGAAUUGAAUCGCAUCAAAAAAGAAAAUCAAAGACUUGUCGAAAAUAAUGCAUUUCUAACUGAUCAACUCAAUCAAUUAAAACUCCUCUACUCAGAAACUAAAUCAGAACUGCAAGAGUCUUUUAAUUUUAUAUAAAGCAUUAACAAAAAUAUGAAGACAGGAACAUUUGAAAAUGAAGACAAAGAACUAAAUAAACUGAUGGAAAUCUUCUCAGUCAAUUCAGUUGAUCAAUUAGUAAUGACGGCUGAAAAGAUUAAGACUGUAAUGCUGGGAGUUUCUCAUCUGGAAUAGUUUUGCAGAUCAAUUUGCGAAAUCAUUUAUGAUUAACAUGAAGAACAUUACAAUCUGGAUCAAGUAUUCCCUAUCAUCCAGAAAUGGAAAUGCGAUUCCAAAUAUGUAGAUUGCUUUUUGUACUUUAAAAAUCAAUUAGAAUAAACACUUCAAUUGAAGCAUUCUACUGAUCAAUAGAUCAUAGAUGCCAUUAAACAACUACAAAAUCAUCAGAAUCAUGAUAUCCAAGCAAUCAAAUCGCUCUUUAAGAUUGAGACCAAUGACAAUUUCAUGUUUAAAAUCAAUCAAGUCUUUCUCCUACUACAAGAUAUUCAAUAAUUUAUCAAAAUAGCCAAAAGACUCUUAGACUUGGAUGAAAAUAUGAAAAAUGAGGCUUGUAUGGUCUACAUCUUGAAAUUAGUGGAAAAAAUGAAAUAAAAUCCUUACAAUGAUUCAGAUCUCAUCAUUAAAAUAAUGAAAAUGGUAAAAGUGGAACAUCCAUAACAAAUAUUAUCAAAAUUGGAGUAAUUGGUAAAUUGA